AAACAGAUCAGACUGUCACACACAGACAGAGGAGCAAACUCACACAGACUCACACAUUUAGCGAAAAUAAAGAGGGUUUAAUAGUAAAGACUUAAAGAUGCCGCUGAGGGAGGAACUGUUGAAGUCUAUAUGGCACGCGUUUACAGCUCUGGAUGUGGACAAGAGCGGAAAAGUGUCCAAAUCUCAGCUCAAGGUGCUGUCACAUAACCUAUGCACUGUGAUGAAGAUCCCACAUGAUCCCGUGGCUCUGGAGGAGCAUUUUAAAGAUGAUGACGAGGGUCCCGUUUCCAACCAGGGGUACAUGCCGUACCUGAACAAAUUCAUCCUGGAUAAGGUGACAGACAACUUUGACCGUCAGGACUUCAACAAGAUGUGCUGGACAUUGUGCUCCAGGAAAAACCUCGACCAGAGCCAGCUGUUCAUCACCAACGAUGAUGCCUUCAAAGUCUGGUGUGUCUUUAACUUCCUGUCUGAAGACAGAUACCCGCUGACCAUCGUCACAGAGGAGAUCGAGUACUUCCUGCGUAAGCUGACAGAGGCGAUGGGGGGCAGCUGGGUGGAGGAGCGUUUUGAGGACUAUAAGCUGCAGUUGAACUCAAAGCAGCAGAGUCUGAACGCCUGGGAGUUCAUCAAGCUGAUUGGGUCAGGUCACUUCAGCAAAGGCAUGGACCACCAGACGCUGUCCAUGGGCAUCAACGAAGUCUACCAGGAGCUGAUCCUGGACGUGCUUAAACAGGGCUACAUGAUGAAGAAAGGUCACAAGAGGAAGAACUGGACGGAGCGCUGGUUCAUGCUGAAGCCUAACACAAUCUCGUACUACGUCAGUGAGGACCUGGCUGAAAAGAAAGGAGACAUUAUACUGGAUGGAAACUGCUGCGUGGAGCCGCUACAAGAUAAAGAGGGAAAGAAGUGCCUCUUCAUCAUCAAGUCGUCAUACAAAAGCUUUGAAAUCAGCGCGUCAGAUAAGAAGAAGAAGCAGGAGUGGAUCCAGGCUAUUCAGACCUGUGUGAGUCUGCUGCGUCAGGGACGGCCGGCACCGCACCGCGAAGCUCGACAGAAACGUCGAGAUCUGCGGCUGAAGCAGCAGGCAGAGCAGGAGGAACUGGAGCUCAGGAUGAGGGAGCUGCAGACCGCCAACGAGGCCAAACAGCAAGAGCUGGAGAACAUGAGGAAGGCUCUGGAGGAUGCUGCAGCUAAUGCAGCUGAAGAAGAACGAAGGCGACUUCAGACCCAAACUGAACUCCAAGACCGUUACAGGAUGGACUUGGAGAGGGAGAAAAUGGUUCGUCAGCAGAUGGAGGAGCAGGUAGCUCAGAAGUCCACUGAGCUGGAGCAGUACCUGCAGCGGGUUCGAGAGCUGGAGGACAUGUACAGUCAGCUGGAAGACGCUCUAGAGGACGAGAGGCAUGCCAGACAAGAUGAGGAGGCCGUCCGCAAGCUGCAGGCACGGUUACUGGAGGAGGAGGCUGCAAAGAGAGCAGAGCUGGAGCAGAUUCACCUGAGGCAGCAGCGAGCCAUUUCAGAGACAGAGGCGGAAAAACAGGAGCUGGAGAAGGAACGUCUAGCCAAGGAGAGCGCUCUGCAAGCUGCCAUGAAACAACUGGAACAGCUGGAGCAGGAGAGGCAGGGAGCACUGGAGCAGUACCAGACGGUGAUGAAGAAGCUGACAGAUGCAACCAACAACACCAGGACCUGGAAGCACAAGGUGGCUGAACACGAGGGCAUGUUACGGCUCAUUCAACCAGGUUCAAAGGGACCGCAGCUGAUCACCAACUGGGGCCCAGCGGCCUUUUCUGAUGGAGAGCUCAAUCUGAGGGAGAAGAAAUGGCAGGAAAUGAAGAACCAGGAGACCCAGGCCCAGUAGAGAACCCCCUAUGAGCCCUGAAGGGCUGCUGGAAUAAACCCUUUUACAACUGGACUGUUGGAGUAAUUCAAGUGCCAUAUCCAUGACUGUUCUAACUUCAAUGAAUCUUACACCUUACUGUGUAGCAAGUGUCUGUGACUGUAAAAUACUACCUAUUCAACGAGUAGUACAGACUCAAGUUACAUUAUCACAUCAUGAGUAAAAAGUUCACUAACCCUAGGACGGAUCCAACAAAAAUACUAAGAGAAGGAAAAGAAAAAGGUUGAAAUAAUGUUGUUUUUGCUUCAUGUAUUAAUUUUCAUGUUGGUAUACUGGAAUUUUUAAACUCAAGAGUAAAAAUGAGGAUAAUUGGUGCACUUGUCCUAUGACUAGAGAUGCGUCUGUCCAAAAGAAUAUCGUGAUAAGGAUGUGAUCCAGUUUUACAGUCUGAAGUGCACUAUUUUUGGAAAUGGGUCAACAGCAACAGACAAUAGCACAGUAUGUUUUAAUUUAUACAUGGCAAUGAUCUAGAAGUGUUGGUUGAUCGACUAACCCAACAGGUCCUACACUCAAGGGGUUUCAAAAUGUGUAGCAACCUUUGUGCAACUUUAUAUAAUGACUGCAUUAGAUGAAGCACCCAGAAAUGGAUGAGUUAUGUUACCCUAAGGGCAACCAUAACAAAACACACAUCAUACUGUAUGGGAAGACUUGAAACUACUGAUGGGGACUUUUAGCCCAAUUGCUUAAUUUCUAUUUAGUUAUCAGAUCAGCUGAUAUUAGGGUCAUUUUCCCACCUGGUUUUAUCAUUUUUACUUCUCAUUUAAACAAGUGCAGUCUCCCCAGCACAUCUUUGGAAAGAAUGCAGAUUUAAGACACUUGGAUCGCCACGGUGAGAUAUCUUCUAAGCUACUACUAAAUGUAAUUUCAAUCUGUUGACUUCUAAUGUGCACCUUUAUAAAAAAUGAAAAGUAGUGUGCACAUUAUGACCUUUAUUUUCAUUCCUUUUGUAGAUUUGUGUAUAAGAAAGCACUACUUUGUAUGUUAAGGCUGUUAUAAAAUUAAGAAAUGGUGGAGUGCAUCCUUUCCUAUAACCGUCUCCCUCUUGGCUCCUUGGGACCAUGUCUACUUUGAAGUAUAAGGGAAUUUUGUACAUUUUUAACCAUUUAUCUUUUCUUUGCUGGAGCGAAGCUUUUAGGAGGCAUUGUUUGUUGCACCGAGGAUGACACUUUAAAUGUAAAUCAAAACCGUUUAAUAAUGCAGUCUUAUAAAAACUAUGUCCUUAAAUUGAAAUACUAUUUACGUAAUCUUUAAUCCUCUCCUUCAGUCUGAACUACAUUUUCUCUGUCUCACGUACUGGCUCUUUCCAUUAUCCUGCCUGUAAAUAAUGUUUUAAAUAGGGCAUUUCACUGAAGUCUCACCCAGCAUGAAGAAAAAGCUAACAGCAGAACAUUUGUACUGUAACCUUCAGUGCCUUUGAUAAUGCCAGGAGUGAACAAUUGAUCAUACUUUUAUGUUUUUAUAAAUAUGUAAAAAGCUGAAGACUGAACUAUGAAAUAAAACUGGUCUUAAACAACAGGUUAACUGUAAACAUUAUUUCUUCGACUCAUUUAAAAGCAAUAAAUAAAAAACUUAAAGCAAAAAACACGAUUACCUACACUUCCACAUAAUGCAUAUCAGGGGUCAACCGACUAUCAAGGCUGGUAUUUGGCUGAUAUUUGGCAAUUUAUUUUACCAACAAUCAUUCAAAUUAACAAAAAGUGCCUUUGGCUACCUUGGCUCCACCGCAAGGUACAUCUUCCCCCCUGGCUUCAUUUUUAUUCUCCACAAUCUCACCCAAUGUCCUUUUCAUGACACAGUCUGAUUGGCUAGAUGUUACAUGAGUAUGAGCCAAUCAAUGCUUCAGCCCAUCACAGUGAGCGUAUGGCAUUACUUUCUGUUGUCCUGUUUCUAUUGUGUUGCCCUGUGCCGUUUCUCAUGCUGACAGAGCAUGAGCUAAAUUUAUUUAUUUUUUCUUCAACUUAUGAUCAUUUUGUUUUAUUUUUGCCACAUUAAGUACU